UCUACCGUGACAUUAUAAUAUUUUACAAUUUAUUGAUAACAUUGAUAGAUUCAAUAGGUUUAUUAUUUACAUUAAAAGAUUUUAAUAUUUUAAGUACAUUGAAUAUUUGCAUUAUUGCAGAUGCGGACCUAUCCUAUUAACAAGUAACAACUAUUGAAUUAGACCUCAUACAAUGUCAUACAAAAACAAAAAAUUAAGUAGCAAAAUCAUGUCGGAUGAUGAAACUCUAUCUAGUAAUGAUUAUUUAACUUCAGUUUUAAGUAUGGUAAACGGUUACUGUAAGAUUAAUUUAGUCGUACCACAGACUAGUUUAUUUUACUCUAGCGAUAGUUUAUUGCCAAUCAAUGCAAAAGUAAAUGAUACUACACUUAAUAACAAUAGCCUUAAAAAUCAAGUGGUUAAUACACCUGAUAGCAUUACAAAUGUUUUCAAAAAUAUGAACCUAAAAGCAAAUGAAAAUAUAGAUGACAAGAAAUUGUAUUCACCGGACAAAACAUUUGUUGAUGAGUUUCAAGUAUAUUCAAAACCGUCUUAUUCAGAUAAUAGCAACCUUUUAGGAAAAACAGAGGAAAAUAAAAGUGAACCUAAAGGUAAAAAAAAGAAGAAUAAGUAUAACAAGGUUUCCCUGUCGGAUAGUCAGACUAUAGUACCUUCUACACAUACAGAUCAAAAUUGCUCAAAUGAAUAUUUUAAUCAGUUUGAAAGCGAAGCAUUGGAUGAUGGACAUAAAAAGCAAGAACAAGAACUUCAAAAUAAACAAAUGAAAAAUAUUAAAAAUAGUAUUAGCAAUAAUGGUCAUCAAUCAAUAUCUCGAGCAUCACCCUCUCAUCAAAAUCCUGAGAACGAAAUUACAAAUGAAAAUGUAUCACAACAAUCUCAAUGUCCUUUAUGCUUUGGGUUGUAUCCUACGCCAGAUAUUGAGGCACAUGCGUCAGAAUGCAGCAUCUAAAUAUAAUCACACUAUUUUAUUUAAGGGAUUAGUAUUAAAUCAAAAUUUGUUUAUA